AUGCCACAACACAACCCCACAAGAAACAUCAAGGACAAUUCACACUUUCCACUAUUGCAAACCUUUGAAGUUGAUGAAAAUUAUGAAUAUGUACCGUGUGAUUGUUGUCACCACUGGACCUAUCAAUUUAAUUUCUAUAGGUGUACAUAUUGUAGGAGCAAUAGACGAUAUCGCGAACAUUAUUCAAAUUCAAAUACUUACAAUUUGAGAAUAUAUGGAUUACUGUUAUUAGAUAAUCAAUCUGCAAUUCCACGUUUUGUCUUUUCCCUAAAUUGUAAAAGUGUAAUUCCAGCAAAUUAUACUCCUCAAUAUUUGCUAAUUGAAAAUAAUGAUGAAAUGAAUCUGAUUCCAUUGAAAAAGAAUGGAUAUUGGAUGGAAUCUAAGGAUAUGAUUCCAUUAGAGACUGAAUAUUUGUACGAUGAAUUCGAUUCUGAACAAAUACAUUGCCAAAUUUCAAGAGAUAAUUAUUGGAAAAUUUUAUUAGAAACAAUGAAACAACAUUCAACAUUGAAAGAUUUCCCAAACUUGACGAAACAACAGAAGAAACAACUUUUAAAUGUUGAUUAUUAUCCAAAUCUGUUAUUUACACUUGAAAACAAAAGUGACUCGGUUUGGAACUCAUUGAAAGAAUGUACAUCUCAAAAUGAGAAACAUCCAAUCUCAGAUGAAGAUGCAGUGCAUAUGAAACAUAUCAUGUGUGAAUUGAAUGAUAGAUUUUAUCUAUUAUGUUCUUGCUCUAAUCAAUCUAAACCUGAAACUUUCCAAUACUUUAUGUUAAAUGAAUUGAGAUGGCAUAUUUUUGACUUGGAAGAGAAUAGUGUGAGAAGAGUUUAUCCAGUAGUAUAUUCUUUAAAUGAUGAUAAAGAAAUUGAACCAAUAGAUUUAUCAUUUCAAAUUGAAAGAAAUUGGAAGAAAUUUAACCAAUCAAUUACCAACAUUGAUUCAUGUCAAUCUGGUGAUUUAAAUGGUGGAUACUCUGACAAGGUACUUUACCAAUUAGCAAAGAAUGGUCAAAUGAUUUCAGAAGAUGAUAUUAUUAAUUAUUCACCUUCAGCAAUUGCCAUCUCUGAUCAGAGAAAUAUUGAGAGUCCUUGUAUGGCAUCAUUUAGACCAUUUCAUUCAAAUCCUGAUUUAUUUCAAGUUCAAUUAAUGUUUUCAAAUUUUGUUAAAGAAUCGAAAAUAGAGGCAAAUAUCAAAAUGGGUUUCAUGUUUUCAUUUCAAUUUAAAAUUGUGGAAGAAUUUACAAAAAUCAAGGAAAGAUUAUUUGAAAAUUUGACAAGACAAACAUUAACAGAUUGCGUCUUUGAAUUCAUUUAA